ACCCGAUUGAUAAUGUAAACUCCCUGAAAAAGCUACGCCAUUCUUUUGAUUCCAAAAUUUUCUCAUUGAGAGCAAAGAUUUAUACCCUCAAAAGUUUUCCCAUUCAUGGCUUCUUCUUCUACCUUUCGCUACUCUCUCCUUUUCGUCUGCAUUUCCUUGUUUCUGAGCUUCGCUUUAGCUGAAGAUCCUACUGUUUCCUACAAAUUUGAAUAUACUUACAUUACCGCUUCACCUCUUGGAGUCCCGCAACAGGUUAUCGCCAUUAAUGGCAAAUUUCCUGGCCCUACCAUAAAUUCAACUACUAACAACAAUGUUGUUGUCAAUGUGAGGAACAAGUUAGAUGAAAAUCUCCUCAUCACUUGGGCUGGUAUACAGCAAAAGAGGAGUUCAUGGCAAGAUGGCGUCCUUGGCACUAAUUGUCCAAUUCCCCCAAAGUGGAACUGGACUUAUAACUUUCAAGUCAAGGAUCAAAUCGGCAGCUACUUUUACUUCCCCUCACUCAAUUUUCAAAGAGCUUCCGGUGGUUUUGGUGGCUUUAUUAUUAACCCAAGAUCUGUAAUCCCAACCCCAUUUGAUAAUCCAGCUGGGGAUAUUAUUGUCUUGAUUGGUGACUGGUACAUAAGAAACCACACUGAUUUAAGAAAGACCCUUGAUGCUGGCAAAGCUCUUGGAAUGCCUGAUGGUGUUCUUAUUAAUGGAAAAGGACCUUACAGAUAUAACGAUACUCUUGUCCCAGAUAACAUUGAUCACGAAACCAUUAACGUUGAACCAGGCAAAACUUACCGUAUUCGUGUAAGUAAUGUUGGUGUAUCGACUAGUUUGAACUUCAGAAUUCAGAACCAUAACUUACUUUUGGCUGAAACCGAGGGUUCAUACACAGUCCAACAAAACUAUACUAGUUUAGAUAUUCAUGUGGGACAAUCCUACUCCUUCUUAAUCACCAUGGAUCAAAAUGCAAGUAGUGAUUACUACAUUGUGGCUAGUGCUAGAUUUGUAAAUGAAUCUACAUGGCAAAGAGUCACUGGUGUUGGAAUCUUGCAUUACUCAAAUUCUAAAGGAAAAGCCUCCGGUCCCCUUCCGGAUCCUCCUCAAGAUCAAUUUGAUAAUACCUUCUCGAUGAACCAAGCCAGGUCCAUCAGGUGGAAUGUAUCGGCUAGUGGGGCCCGCCCUAAUCCACAGGGUUCGUUUAGAUACGGUUCUAUUAAUGUGACUGAAGUGUACUUAAUAAAAAACACGCCUUGGGUUACAAUUAAUGGGAAAACAAGAGCUACACUUAGUGGGAUUUCAUUUGUGAAUCCUACCACACCUAUCAGGCUUGCGGAUCAGUACAAAGUGAAAGGAGCAUAUAAGCUCGAUUUUCCUACUACGCCCCUUACUGGGCCACCUAAGAUGGAAACAUCGGUUAUCAAUGGAACUUAUAGAGGAUUCAUGGAAGUUAUUUUUCAAAACAAUGAAACCAAAAUGCAUAGCUAUCAUGUUGAUGGAUACGCCUUUUUUGUAGUUGGAAUGGGUUAUGGUGAGUGGACUAAUGACAGUAGAGGGACUUACAAUAAAUGGGAUGGCAUUGCUCGUAGCACUACACAGGUGUAUCCUGGAGCAUGGACAGCAGUGUUGAUCUCUCUAGACAAUGUAGGAGUUUGGAAUCUGAGAACUGAAAAUCUUGAUUCCUGGUAUCUUGGUCAAGAAACUUACAUCAGAAUCGUGAAUCCGGAGAUAAACAACAAAACGGAAUUGCCAAUGCCGGACAAUGCUCUUUUCUGUGGUGCCCUUAGCCGUAUGCAGACGCCACAAGAUACUUCUCCGGCGACAUCGGUGGUGUUUUCCGGUGGCUGUGGAUGGGUAGCGGCGGUGGUGAUGAUGAUGAUGAUCAAUGUUAGGGUACGAGAUGGGUGGUGCUCUAGGGGGUCGAGAGGUGCAACAGGGGAAGGUGAGGAGGUCGGCCAAGGUUCUAAAAAUUUGGAGAUGAAGAACAAUGUCGUCGGAAAAAUCAUAUUGGCUGAAGAAAUUUCACCGGAAAAAAACAUUGUUGGCUGGAGACUCGUCGGAGAAUAUGACUGGAGUCUCGCCGGAGCUGCAAACAUCGUUAGAGCUGCCAAAUAUGUUGGAAACCUAUUAUAA